UGAGGCUACAGGAAAGGGAUCACAAUCUAUAAUAAUCACUGAGAAAAACAAUGAUGAAGCUGGUAGUUUGCAUACUUUUACUGUUGUCUGUGUUGAGCACACAGGCACAGGAUUUUAUAUCACAUACAUUAGAUAUCAUUAGUGAACUUAAAAAGAUUACAACCAUGGAGGAAAAGUUUAAUGCUCUUAAUGAUGAAGUCAAGGAAUUAAGAAGCAAGAAUGAAGCACUGACUACAAAGCUUAAAACCUUUGAACAGAAGACAGAGGUUUCAGAAAGGGUAAAAGUAGCAUUUUCAGCUUCACUGUCAGCUUUGGAGAAUGCCCACCGAUUUAUUGGCCCUUAUACAAGAGCAACCACUCUUGUGUAUGAAAAUGCCAUUACUAACAUUGGAGAUGUUUAUGACACCAAAACAGGAAUCUUCACUGCACCAGUUAAAGGAGUUUAUUUCUUCAAUUUUGUGGUCUUCAAUCCUCAUGACAUAUCAACUGGUGUGAGACUAUUAAAGAAUGGCAAUUUUGUGGUCGCAGCAACAGAUAACCCUCCCAAGGAAGACACUGAAGACACUACAUGCAACUCAGUUAGUCUUAUUCUUGAACAAGGCGACCAGAUACAUCUUCAGCUCAUAGAGAACUGUCGUAUCUACACAGAUUCACUGAGACGCAACACCUUCAGUGGACACCUACUUUUUACCAUGUGAAGUUUCUGUCCAUGUACAUUUCUGAUUGUAUGUAAACC